GCUGGCCGGGGCUCUGGGUGGGCGGCGGCGGCAGCGGCGCCACGCGCAGGCUGGAGGCCGCCGAGGCUCGCCAUGCGGGGAGAACUCUAACUCCCCCAUGGAGUCGGCAGACUUCUACGAGGCGGAGCCGCGGCCCCCGAUGAGCAGCCACCUCCAGAGCCCCCCGCACGCGCCCAGCAGCGCCGCCUUUGGCUUUCCUCGGGGCGCGGGCCCCGCGCCGCCCCCAGCCCCACCUGCCGCCCCGGAGCCUCUGGGCGGCAUCUGCGAGCACGAGACGUCCAUAGACAUCAGCGCCUACAUCGACCCGGCCGCCUUCAACGACGAGUUCCUGGCCGAUCUCUUCCAGCACAGCCGGCAGCAGGAGAAGGCCAAGGCGGCCGCGGGCCCUGCGGGUGGCGGCGGUGACUUUGACUACCCGGGCGCACCGGCGGGCCCCGGCGGCGCGGUCAUGUCCGCGGGGGCGCACGGGCCCCCUCCGGGCUACGGCUGUUCGGCGGCCGGCUACCUGGACGGCAGGCUGGAGCCCCUGUACGAGCGCGUCGGGGCGCCCGCGCUACGGCCGCUGGUGAUCAAGCAGGAGCCCCGCGAGGAGGACGAGGCGAAGCAGCUGGCGCUGGCCGGUCUCUUUCCCUACCAGCCGCCGCCGCCUCCGCCGCCGCCGCACCCGCACGCGUCUCCCGCGCACCUGGCCGCCCCACACCUGCAGUUCCAGAUCGCGCACUGUGGCCAGACCACCAUGCACCUGCAGCCUGGACACCCUACGCCGCCGCCCACGCCAGUGCCCAGCCCGCACCCCGCGCCCGGGUUGGGUGCUGCGGGCCUGCCGGGCCCCGGGAGCGCGCUCAAGGGGUUGUCCGGCACGCACCCCGAUCUCCGUACGGGCGGCGGCGGCGGCGCGGGCAAGGCCAAGAAGUCGGUGGACAAGAACAGCAACGAGUACCGGGUGCGUCGGGAACGCAACAACAUUGCGGUGCGCAAGAGCCGAGAUAAAGCCAAACAGCGCAACGUGGAGACCCAGCAGAAGGUGCUGGAGCUGACCAGUGACAAUGACCGGCUGCGCAAGCGGGUGGAACAGCUGAGCCGUGAACUGGACACACUGCGGGGCAUCUUCCGCCAGCUGCCGGAGAGCUCUUUGGUCAAGGCCAUGGGCAACUGCGCGUGAGGCGCGCGGCUGCGGGACCGCCUUUGGCCGGCCGCCCUGGCCGGGGACCCGGAGAAUGGCUUCGGGUCGCUGGACCUCCAGGCUGCCCGGGCCAGGCCGUUGCAAGCCAGGACUAGGAGUCUAAAAGACUGGCCUGCUCCGCGUGUCCCCUCCCUUCCUCUGAGCCGGACUCGGUGCGUCUAAGAUGAGGGGGUCAGGCCGGCCGUGCUUUUUCCUUCAGACGGGAGAGUUUUCCGCAGAGCUGAGCUGGGAGCCCGGCAAUUCUAGUAUUAAGGAAGUAACUCUGUGCCUUGGAUACUCAAAACUAGCUCCUUUUCCUACCGAGUAGGGGGAGCAAACAUGUGCCUUGAUAUUUUAUUUGGAGAAUUCCUGCCUCCUCCGAGGCUGCAGCAGGCCCCCCCGUGAGAAAAUGAAGGGUGCA